UCCACAUACAUUCGGACCUGGUCACACUGAGUUUGAAAUUUUUGAGAGGAGGACGUUGCGCGGUCGGUCGGCAAAAAGUGCAUUAAGCUGCAUUUAAUAUUUAACCCUCGGACUCGUACUCCUCCCAAGUCGGAUAAUAGAAUUAAGUUAUAUGCGAGAGUUGCUCGUCCGACCAGUGAGCAGAGUAUUCCAGCCGGUUAACUGGCCCGAAAGCGGAACAAAGCCGAAAGAGGCGUCGCCUGCCGCAGGAGCCUUUCAUCCAAAUCCGGCUUUGUCUGUGUUUUUGUGGCUGCAUUGGUGUGCGUGCGCUCGCGUGUGUGUGUGUGUGUGUGAGAGAGUGUAUUUGUUCAGCAGCUCUGUCUCCGCUGCAGCAGCAGCAGCACUAACAACAACAACAGCAACAGCUCUAAAAAAAACUGUGUUUUUAUUUUUUAUUUUGCUUAGAUUGUCAGAAAAAAGUAAAUUAAAUUUUCAAAAUUUGAACACAGCAGUUUUAACUCUUUCCAACUUACAAAAAAAAAAUAACGGGCCCCCAGCCAAAAGUCAUUCUCGAUUUGCCAAUUGUGUGUAUUUUAAAUUCGCCCGACGCCCGUCACCCGUCGCCCCUCCAAUCUCCACCCCCCCCAAAACCAGGAAGGCCAACGGACCAGGAAGUAACCAGGAAGGAGUAGAGGUGCCACAAAGACACACACACAAAAGGCAGAAAACCAGCCGCUUUGGAUAUCUUCAACGGAAUCAAAGAGCAACUUUCAAGUUGCCCCGAACGCACCCGCGUCCUCUGCCGAACUGUAUGGGGGACCCUGUCGCUGUCCCUUAGCACAGCCCUCCAAGCGGCUAGCAUCGAGGACGCCCGCGGAGAUCCCGAUCCGGGCGGAGGAGGCCCAGGCGGCGGCGGCGGUGGCGGCUCCGGUCGCUUUGCCACCAUAAUGGGUGCUGUCAAGUCGCGUCCCAUCACCAGCGCCGAUGUGGAUACCGAUGCGGAUCAUCCCCAUCCCCAUUCCCAUUCCCAGAACCUACACUCGUCGAUGCUGCGGAAUGGACAUCAUCAGCACAAUAAUGGUGGCCAUUCGGCCUCCAGUGGUACUCUGCAGAAGCAGGAUCUGCGCUAUGACAUCGGCUGCAGUUCCCAGUACCAGCAUGUCCGGCAGCCGAGCCUCAGGAGCCGGAGCCAGCAGCCCAUGCCCACCACGGAUGAGCUAGACCGGAGAUUUGCUAAAGUUCUGGCUUCGAUGGACCUGCCACCGGAUAAGGCAAAAUUGUUGCGGAACUACGAUGAUGAGAAGAAGUGGGACAUGAUUUGCGAUCAAGAAAUGGUGCAGGCCAAAGAUCCACCCUCACAUUACUUGAGUAAACUGCGAACCUACCUGGAUCCGAAGGCAUCUCGGAGUCAUCGGAAGCGGAAAAUGGUCGGCGAGUCAACGUCGACGCAGGUGCUCCGGGAUCUGGAGAUAUCCCUGCGCACGAAUCACAUCGAGUGGGUGAAGGAGUUCCUCGACGACACCAACCAGGGAUUGGACGCUCUGGUGGACUAUCUCAGCUUCCGGCUGCAGAUGAUGCGCCACGAACAGCGGCUGCAGGGAGCGUUGUGUGCCUCCGAGGAGCGGCUGAACCUCACGAGCGGCGGCGACGGUGGGGAAAUCGUCCUGGGGAAUAGUAGUUCCAUCAGUCCGGGUGGAGGAGGCGGGGGAGCCCUGGCACAUGGUGGGAAUGGCCUGGCCAAUGGUUCCCUGCUCAUGGACUCGCGACACCAGCAACAUGGACAGCACUCGCUGUCCUACGGAUUCCUGCGACCCGCCCUGCCCGACGCCCUGGACAGUCCCAGCCUGAAGCGGCGAUCGCGGCACAUCGCCAAGCUGAACAUGGGCGCGGCCACCGACGACAUCCAUGUGUCCAUCAUGUGCCUGCGCGCCAUCAUGAACAACAAGUACGGCUUCAACAUGGUCAUCCAGCAUAGGGAGGCGAUCAACUGCAUCGCCCUCAGUCUCAUCCACAAGUCGCUGCGGACCAAGGCCCUGGUGCUGGAGCUGCUGGCGGCCAUCUGCUUGGUCAAGGGCGGGCACGAGAUCAUCCUGGGCUCGUUCGACAACUUCAAGGAUGUGUGCCAGGAGCAGAGGCGCUUCCAGACCCUCAUGGAGUACUUCAUGAACUUCGAGGCCUUCAACAUCGACUUCAUGGUCGCCUGCAUGCAGUUUAUGAACAUUGUGGUCCACUCGGUGGAGGACAUGAACUACCGGGUGCAUCUGCAGUACGAGUUUACGGCCCUGGGCCUGGACAAGUAUCUGGAACGGAUUCGACUGACGGAGUCCGAGGAGCUGAAGGUGCAGAUAUCCGCCUAUCUGGACAAUGUGUUCGAUGUGGCUGCCCUGAUGGAGGACUCGGAGACGAAGACAGCGGCCCUGGAGCGCGUCCAGGAGCUGGAGGAUCAGCUGGAGCGGGAGAUCGAUCGCAAUUCUGAGUUCCUGUACAAGUACGCGGAACUGGAGUCGGAGAACAUAACCCUGAAGACGGAGCGCGAGCAGCUAGCGAUAGUGCGCCAGAAGCUGGAGGAGGAGCUCACCCUGCUCCAGCGCAUGCUGCAGCACAACGAGCAGGAGCUCAAGAAGCGGGACACCCUGCUGCACACCAAGAACCUGGAACUUCAGACUCUAAGUCGCUCCCUGCCGCGUUCCGCCUCCAGUGGCGAUGGUUCUCUGGUGAACGGUGGCGGUCUCUUGGCUGGUUCCACCUCAGGAACAUCCACCUUGGCGCCGCCUCCACCCCCGCCACCAAUGCCCUCCUUGCCCGUGGCAUCGGCUGCCCCGCCACCACCACCACCGCCAGCUCCGCCGGCGCCACCGCCGCCACCCAUGAUGCCCGGGCUGAGUCCGUUGGUCAGUCCCAAUGGCAGCAUGACCUCGACGGUGCCCUCGCCGCCACAUGCCCCGCCCUCGCUCAGCUCGUUCCAUCCGCCGCCACCACCGGUAGCCGGCUUCAUGCCCGCUCCCGACGGCGCCAUGACCAUCAAGCGCAAAGUGCCCACCAAAUACAAGCUGCCCACCUUGAACUGGAUAGCUCUCAAGCCGAACCAGGUGCGCGGUACGAUUUUCAACGAGCUGGACGACGAGAAGAUCUUCAAGCAGAUCGACUUCAACGAGUUCGAGGAGCGCUUCAAGAUCGGCAUUGGGGGAGCCCUGCAGAACGGCAGCAGUGGCACGGAGGUGGAUGGAUCGCUGCAGUCCAGCAAACGCUUCAAAAGGCCCGACAAUGUCUCCCUGCUGGAGCACACGAGGUUAAGAAAUAUUGCAAUCUCCCGUCGGAAGUUGGGCAUGCCCAUCGACGAUGUCAUCGCUGCCAUACACAGUCUGGACCUGAAGAAGUUGUCGCUGGAGAACGUCGAGUUGCUGCAGAAGAUGGUGCCGACGGAUGCCGAGGUCAAGUCAUACAAGGAGUACAUCAUUGAGCGGAAGGACCAGCAGCUGCUCACCGAGGAGGACAAGUUCAUGCUGCAGUUGUCGCGCGUGGAGCGAAUCUCGUCCAAGCUGGCGAUUAUGAACUACAUGGGCAACUUUGUCGACAGUGUGCAUCUCAUUAGUCCGCAAGUGCAAUCAAUAGCCGGAGCUUCAAACUCAUUGAAACAAUCGCGAAAAUUCAAGGCGGUUUUGGAAAUAGUUCUGGCCUUUGGCAACUAUCUGAAUAGCAACAAGCGGGGACCGGCCUACGGCUUCAAGCUGCAGUCGCUGGACACACUCAUCGACACGAAAUCCACCGACAAACGGUCAUCUCUGCUGCACUACAUUGUGGCCACCAUUCGCGCCAAGUUUCCGGAGUUGUUGAACUUCGAGAGCGAGCUGUACGGCACGGACAAGGCGGCUUCGGUGGCGCUGGAAAAUGUGGUUGCCGAUGUCCAGGAACUGGACAAGGGCAUGGAGUUGGUGCGCAAGGAGGCGGAGCUGCGGGUAAAGGGUGCUCAGACGCACAUCCUGCGCGACUUCCUCAACAACAGCGAGGAUAAGCUAAAGAAGAUCAAGAGCGAUCUGCGGCAUGCCCAGGAUGCCUUCAAGGAGUGUGUGGAGUAUUUUGGUGACUCCUCGCGAAACGCCGAUGCGGCGGCCUUCUUUGCACUGAUCGUUCGCUUCACAAGGGCGUUUAAGCAACACGAUCAGGAGAACGAACAGCGUCGUAGGCUGGAGCAGGCAGCUGCCCUGGCCGCUUCGAAGAAGGAGAGCGACCAGGUGCUCAUGCGCAACAAGGUUAACCAGAAGAAGCAGCAGUUGCCCUCAACCUGCGCGCUCUCCUUGCAGGACGCCGUCAUCAAUGAGCUGAAGAGCAAGGCGCACUCGGUCCGGGAGAAGAAGCUGCUGCAGCAGGACGAGGUCUACAAUGGAGCUUUGGAGGACAUACUGCUGGGCCUGAAGAGUGAGCCGUACCGGCGGGCGGAUGCAGUGCGUCGCUCGCAGCGCCGCAGGAUCGACAAUAACCGCUUGUCGCGGACGCUGGAGGAGAUGGAUUGCUAAUUGGAAAGGAGAGAGGAGAACCGACCACGAGACGACGGGGCAAAUAUCAAAAUUCAUGAGGAGAAGGAGCAAACAAAUGAGAUGAAAAAGUGGUGGAUUAGAGAGUUACUGCAAUAUGUGAUUGGGCGAUUAAAUUGUUUUUUGGACACUGAUAUACACACACUCGGGAAUAACCACCGCACCGAACCGAAACGAACCGAACGAACUAACAUUCCCUUCCAUAGAAAUGUUCGAAAAUCGAAUUGUUUCGACAAGGAUACGGCUUCACAGGUCGCAUCCUUAGACACCCCAACACCCAAAUGACCUCAAUUUCAGCACGAGGAUACUUCUAGAGGAAGGGCCUGAUAGCACAAGCACUAUAAUAAUAACAACAGCAACAACCUUCUGUGAAUCUCGCCUUAAAUUUGUGAGACAUUUUUUAUCGCCAAAAUUUUGUUUAUAAAAAAAACGCAUUUUAAUUUGGUUGCUUAGAGCUUAAGUUGAAACUUGAAAAUUCGAAUGGUGUAUUUAUCAAAUCUUAUAUUGUUAAAUAAUGAUUUAAACUUUACCCUGUGUACAUACAAACAUAUAUACCGUAUAUAUCGAGCUAUAUAUAUUCUUAAUUUAAUUUUGUUAUAAUUAAGUUUUUUUUAACCAAAAUGGAAUUAAUUGCCGGCUGCAUCCCAUCCGAGAUGGCAAACCCGCAUGAUUAUGGAGUUUUUAAUUUGUAUUUCGUUUUUCUUUAAGUCAUUUAAGUAAUGAAUUGUAUGAGAAGAGCGUACAUAAAAAUCAUUAAACUUUUGUAUAUUUUUUUCUUAAA